UAAUUAUUUCAUGGACGAUUCUUUCGAGUUAGAUAUAUUGUGUAAACAAAAUCCUAACAACUCAUUUCUCUUAUAAGAGAUAGAGAUUGUCAACUAUCUCAGAUCCCUUGGAAUCAAAAUGAAAACUGAUCCUACAAUCAAAUAAGAACUUUUCCACUCAAAAAGAAAACAGUAAUUCAUUAAGUCCAACACAGCACAGUUCGAUGUUUCCAGUAUUAAGUAAUUGGAAAUCUCCUCAAAUUCAAUUAAAUCUCGUAGAACUCCGUCCCAUACUCCUCAGAGUUCCCCAUUAAUGAUCAAUUAAGAAAAUAUCAGCCAAACUAGAAAAUCAAUAUUCUCAAUCAGGUUUGAUGCCUUCGGAGAUGAUAAUUUUGAAGGAGAAGAAAUUGGAGACUAUUUUACUAACAUGUGA